CAGGUCUGUGACAUCACAGAUGGCCUCCUGUCCACUCUGCCAGCUGCAGGAAACAGCCCUGCCCGGUGAACUGGACUCAAAUUCAAGAUCGGCUGAUUCAGCACAGCACCCCUGCAGACAAAGCUGGCAGAGUAGAGACUCCAACUCCCAUCCAUGGCAUCCUACAAAAACCUGGCCUCGAAGAUCUUCUGUUUAUGCUGCAAGGACUGUCAGGAACCCCAGGCCACCGACGACUCCAAGGUUCCCAGUCAAACUCAAGGGCAUCAGCCACCAACCAGCAAUUUGCAGCUCCCGAAGGAUGAGCAGGGCAAAAAUCCCAAGCAUGCUAACACCUCUUCCUGCUUGCCUUUGGGGCAACCCCUGAUCCAUCCAGAAAAGAGAGCUUCCUCCAGCAGCAGUGAGUUCGAGGACGUGGAUACACAUGCUCCCCAAAGAGGUUUUUAUAAGAGGAACCUAAACCGCUACUCCCAGGAGCGCUGGCCAUUCCAGCCAUGCCUCAUCGGCAGACCCUGACCAUUCUAGUGGGCAGCCCCCAAGCCGGCCCCUGAGCUGUGCAGCUGCUGGGCGUAUCCACAAGGAAGAGCCGGUGGGCAGGAGUCAUGAAGACGGAUUCACAAACUCCCCUGGAGGAGGAGGAGACGUCUGAGCCACCCCUGUGCACCUGCAGGAGCGCCUCCAGCUCCUGAAACGGCCAGGGCCACAGAGGAGCUGCUUCCCAUUAAAGUCCUUGGUCCAUCAA